UCAAGCGCCGGUCAAGUCACUAUGAUGGCACUCAAGAUGGUCCGAGGGGCGCCGCCCCAAGCGCUGCUGGCGCUCUGCCUCACCUGCUGCGUGGCGCCUCUCAGCGCCGCCCCGCCGCUGCAGGGUGCGCCGCAACGCCUCGACGACGGGUAUGUCCCGGUUGGGGACAUCCUCUAUUCUGCUGAGGACUGGGCCUGCUUGCACGCUAAAAACUUGAUGUCAGUGGAACGUCUUUGGCCAAGAACAGAGGGAGAAGUGAAAAUCCCAUACAUCAUAACUUACAAGGAAAUGAACAUGACGAUGCUAGAAGAGGCCAUCGGCGCCUGGGAGGCCAAAACCUGCAUUAAGUUCCUCAAGAUGGAGGAGGGCGACAAGCGUGCAGAGUACCUGGAGUUCAGGGCGGGAGGAGGCUGCUUCACGGUCACCGGCUACGUCGAGGGUGAAGUGACGGUCUCCAUAGUCGAUACGUGCAAGGGUCGGAGUGUCAAGCACGAGAUCGGCCACGCCUUGGGCAUGCGUCACGAACAUAAACGCAGCGACAGGGACAACAACGUCAUUGUGGUUCGGGAGAACAUAGACCCUAAAAUGGCCAGUAAUUUUGAAUUUUCUGAAACCAUCAACUGCGGGAUUCCGUACGACUACUUUUCUCUCAUGCAUUACCAGGAUACGGCUGCUAGCAUAAACGGUAAGCGCGUGUUGGUGGCUAAAGAUCCUCGUUUUCAAGACAUCAUGGGAGAAGGCACUGAAAUCACCCACUGGAAUGCAAAGCUUGCGAACACCAUGUACAAAUGCGUAGAUGAUUGGUUGGAGGCCUGCGGUCAAACAUCUGAUCCCUGCGAGAACGGCGGCUACAUACAGAAGGACUGCAGCUGCGCUUGUCCCCUGGGCACAUCUGGCGACAAGUGUCAAGAGUUCGCCAUGAGCUACAGAGAUGCCCUGCUGGAGAAGUACUCCCCGUACACAUCUGUCAUCAAUACCCCGGGUGCAGAGGUCACGUCUCCAGGCUACCCCAAUGACGGCCCACAGGAAGCAAUACGGUACACUCAAGUGAUGCAGGCGCCCAAAUGCAAGAAAGCGGUGGUUACGUUCACGGACUUCCAGCUCGGAGAAGAGGAUGACAUGCCGAACUGCAAGUACACCUCGACCCUUGAAAUCCGCACGGAUGUUUCCGUGGGGGAUGGAAAAAUAUUUUGUGGUGAAGGAAUCAAGAAUCAACAAGUAUUCAAGAGUGACAACUCUGAACUCAUCUUCCACUACAAAAACUACGACUUUCUUGGCAACGGUGGCGAGAACGCGUACAGAGGCUACACAGCUGUCUUCACCACCGAGGACAUACCAGGCUGCAGGUGAUUUCUCCCUAUUCUUUGGCUGAAGAGUCUUGGCGACAGAAGGCAACGGAAUGUUGUAUCAGAUAAUUAACUACGUUUGUUGUGUGCGAAAAAAUUGUUUUGCAAA